AUGGCCUUCCUCAUGAAAAGUAUGUUGAGCAACCAGGUAAAGAAUUUGGGACUUGGAGGUGGAGGGGAAGAGAGCAAAGAAGAAAGCACACCUUCUGACCCAGCAGCAGCCGCAGGAAUGACCAGAGAGGAGUACGAGGAGUAUCAAAAGCAAGUGGUUGAGGAGAAGAUGGAAAGAGAUGCAGCAUUUGCACAGAAGAAGGCAGAGAGAGCCUGUCUGAGGGUUCAUCUGAGAGAAAAGUAUAGACUCCCUAAGAGUGAACUGGAUGAGAACCAAAUACAGAUGGCUGGAGAUGAUGUUGGUUUGCCAGAAGACCUUCAGAAAAUGGUGGCAGAAGAUCAGGUGGAGGAAGAGGACAAGGACUCUAUCCUGGGACAGUUGCAGAACAUUCAGAAUAUGGACAUGGAUGCACUCAAAGAAAAGGCUCAAGCUACCUUCACAGAGAUGAAGCAGGCUGCUGAGCAGAAAUGUUCGGUGAUGUAG